UGCUUGCCCACUUGCCCUCUCGCUUGGUCCACCCCCUCCACCGUCCCAUCCCGUUCCUUUCUACCCCCGCUCGCCUGGGCUCCGAGUCCCCACAAUUCGGCUUGGCCUCGGAGACGCGCGCACCAGUCGUCAUGUAUAGUCCGGCCUUAGAGGCAGCACUCCUGGAGGAGCUCCUCCCCACCAUCUUGAAGAUUCGCUAUGCCGAACUGGCCAGCACCGUGAUUAUAUUGUUUGACCACGUAUUGACGCUGGACCAAGAAAUCCACCUCAUAUGGCACGCGCACUGGUCAUUGGGGAAACUCUUAUUCUUAUUGAAUCGAUAUUAUGCUCUCUGUAUAGUCAUAUUCAAUAACUAUGUAUUGUUUAAUACAGACACGCUAUCAAAUUCUGUUUGUGUUCAUUGGCUCAGAUGGCAGGGGGCUACCGGGGUCAUCACGUUCAUCAUCGCCGAAAUGAUCCUCCAAUUGCGGCUAUAUGCGCUCUACUUCAGGAACAAGCGCAUCCUCGCCGCAAUCACGUUCGUUUCCCUCGGCGCAGCCAUUAGCUCUGCGUAUGUCAUGGGUCAAGCCUUGUCCCUCAUCACCGCCGUCGCAUUCAAGUUUCCCCUGUCAGGCUCGACAGUAUGCGUGCCAUUCGGGCUCCCGAGCAACUUCUACGCGUUCUGGAUCCCCAUGCUCGUCUCCGAGAGCUUCCUGUGCGGCCUCGCGCUCUACCGGGGGUUCGACAGCUUCCGCCCCGGCAACAACGUCGUGCAGAGCGGACGACGGGUCCUCGAGAUCCUCGUCCGCGACUCCGUGUCCUAUUUCGUGGUCAUAUUCGCGACAUACCUGACGAACGCGAUCGUUUUCUUGACACGGCCGGACGCAGAAGUCGAGAUCCCGAUCGGCUUCGCGGUCGCGCUCUCCACGGUGAUGUCCUCCCGCCUCUGCCUCAACGUCCGCGGCUACAUCCGCGACGCGGCCGAGGAGCCCGUCGUCCUCUCUGGCGCCUCCAUCGGUCCCACCAGCGGACCGCACCACAGCCGCGCGCACUCGGGGCGGAGCGUGCUCGCGUUUAUCUCGUUCGGGUACGGCACGGAGGAGGACGAGCGGGCGCACACGGCGUCCGCGGCGUCGACGGUCAUGCAGGGCGCGCCGUUGAACGACGUGGAGAUGCGGGAGCUGCGGGUCAUGCGCGCGCCGUCGACGAAGCAGAUGAGGGUGAUGCGGAUGGGGAGGAGGGAGGAGGGGGGAGGUGUGAAGUAGCCGGUGGGCGCCGUACUAGUAUGCCCUGGGGACUGCUUGAGAGAUUGGGGAGGUGUCGCUAUGGCGUGUGUAGACUGUCGUUUGGAAUAUAGCUU